CAGACGCAGGGCAUUAUUCUCCUACACGCUCAGCCCGGCGGCGAGCAGCAGCACGCAGGAGCCGUCAGUGCAGCCGGCCGUGCAUGCAGGUGCAGCUGCAGGUGCGGCAGCGCGCAGACCGACGGCGAGAGGAGGCAGCGCAGGCUGGCGCUGCGCCUGCAGAUGCUGCCGCCGACGGCGCUCCGCCGCCAUCCCCUAGCCGCAGCGUCGGAUGCUGCAUCUGGGCAGCAAGCAGGCAGGCCAAGCAGCGUCGCGGGCGGCGCGGGCAUUCCGAUCGCAGCGCCGAGCAGAUGCGAGAGAGCAGCAGAGGCGGCAGAGAUGCGGCGAGCUCGCCGAGCCGCUGGCCUCGCUCGUCGCUGCGCCUUGCUGCUGCGGGCGCUGUGCGUGUGCUCCGUGCUUCUUCUGCAUCUGCGGCGCUCGGGGUGUGUGUGUGUGUCUGUCAGUGCGGCUGCCGUAUCACCUCCGCCGCGAGACAGCGAGGGCGCCGCCGAGCCCCUCCGCCGGCGCACGCCCGCCUCUCCCCCUCGCACUCAACUCGACUUCACCCGGCCAGCCUCCGCUGCGGGCGUUUGUUUGCCGUGUGCCCUCGCUCGCUCUUGCCCCCCCCACCACGCCGGCCUCCUCUGCACCCCCGCGAGCUGCUGCCGCCGCACACGCUCGCUCCGCCUUGCUCCCGUCCGCACCUGCCCAGCCGAUUGCACCACACGCCCAGCCCGGCACCGAGCGACAUCGCCGGGCGCUGCUGUCUCUGCUGCGGCGCUGCCUCGCUGCUCCUCCUCGUGGCUAUCCCGUGUCCGUCCUGCUGCCCGAUGGCGCAGAGCGGCCGUGCCAGCAGCAUCAGCGUAGAAGCGAGCCCAUCUUGAUCCGGCACUCUCCCACCCGCGCCUCGCGGCACCCGCGGCGCCUGUCCCCCUCUCGCAUCUAUACUUACCACCACCGGCACUCCUGCUCGUCCCCCUCGCACCUUCCCUCCGUCGUCGCUGCUCCUCGUCACCCUCCGCUCCGCUCCCGUCGCCCUGCAUCCGUUCUCACCCGCACGCUACACCUCCUCUCUGGCGCAGCGCCAGGCACCACGCGCGCUUCUCUCUGCGCGCGCACUCUCUCCUCGGGCGCGCCCGACAUAGACCGCAGAGCUUGUUGCCGCGCUGCUGCUGCU